GCUGCUCAGGUGUUAUGACAGUGGUGGUUAUGUGGAUCUGAGAUAAGUCUAUGUAAGUUGAAAAGGAGAGCAGACAGCUGUUCUGCAAGCAGAGAAAGCCAGCUAAUGAGGUGCAGAACAGUUAGUGAAACUUGAUGAACCAUGGAUUUCCUUGCUUUUCUCCUGCUGAGCUUGGCUAUCGCCCCUGCAUCAUUCACGUCCCCACCAACAGUAAUAGAUGUUGAUGAUGAUCAAAAGGACAUCCCGGAGAUAAACAAAGGUUUAAACCUCAGAGAAGGAGAUAUAAUGGAGGACCCUUCUAAACAACUUCAAAGGAGUGCGAUUUUGCUGAGCCAGUAUCGGUGGAACAGAUAUAUCCCCUACGUGCUGAAUGGAUCUCUCAGCCUGAAUUACAAAGGAGUCAUCUUAAGAGCCUUCGAGCAGCUGAGACUGAAAGCGUGUAUUGAUUUUAAGCCUCGGACAACAGAGCAAGACUAUGUCUCUGUGGAAUCGCAAAGCGGGUGUUGGUCCUAUAUUGGGAAGAUAGGUGGGCGGCAGCAGCUCUCUAUUGGAAAUGGGUGUGGAUACAUCGGCAUUGUGGAGCACGAGUUUCUUCACGCUCUGGGCUUCUAUCACGAACAGAGCCGAUAUGAUCGGGACAACUACGUAACCAUCAUUUAUGAAAACAUCAUUGCAGGAUACGCAAGUAACUUUGAGAAGGCGUCUGAGCAGAUAAGCACCAUACAGGGAACUCCAUACGAUUACACGUCUGUGAUGCACUACGGACAAGAUGCUUUCACCAAUGGGAGCGGACACACCAUAAUCACCAAAGUCCCUCAGUUCCAAGAUGUUAUUGGUCAGCGCUAUGACCUGAGCCCUUUAGAUGUGUUGGAGCUCAGCAAGCUCUAUAAAUGCAAUUCAACCAUUUCCUUUCUGGACCGCUGUAGCUUUGAUAAUGACAUGUGUCAGAUGGCAACCUGCUCUUCCACCGCUAAUGGAUGGAAGAUGGCGAGCAAUGUAUCUGGAGGUCCAUUUAGUGACCACUCCAACCUGGCGUCCAUAGGUGUUCCUGCUGUGUCUAUGAACACCACUUCAUCAGGGCCGUCUUUCUUCAUGCACUUCAGCACAAAGACUGGAAAGGAAGGAGACUCAGGCCGACUGGCGAGUAAGGAGAUGACACCCCGCAGAGACUGCCACGUCCAGUGCCUGCAGUUUUUCUACUAUCACAGUGGGAAUGAGACUGACCAGCUCAACAUCUGGAUCAGAGAGUACCAGAAUGACAUUGACACAAAAGGAACCCUCAGACUCAUGGACCAGAUCACAGGACCUCCCACUGAUCACUGGCAGCUCCGCUAUGUUCCGCUGAAUGCGGAGAAGCCAUUCCUAGUGGAAUUUGAAGCACGGAAAGGAGCCGGAUAUUCCAGUGGAGGCUUCUCAGUGGACGAUAUCAACCUGUCGGAAUCAGAGUGUCCUCAUAACGUAUGGCAGCUCAGGAACUUCAUGGAGCUUUGGAACAAAUCUGCACCUGGCACUUACAUAUUCAGCCCAGCCUACUACUCACCUGACGGCUAUCGCUAUCAGGUACUUCUGAGACUGAUUCAGGACCGCCUUUCCAUCUUCGUGCGACUGGUGUCUGGUGUCUAUGAUGACCAGCUACAGUGGCCCUGCCCAUGGAGACAAGUGACUUUCUUACUGCUGGAUCAGAACCCUGACAUCCAACAGCGCAUGUCGAAUCAAGCAAGCCUCACAACUGACCCAACUAUGAUAUACGGAGGAAAGUAUGUGUGGGGCAAGCCUAGUGAUGUGGGAACUCUCACAGUCAUCAAUGGUAACGAGACAGUAAAUGCGACUGAUGGAUGGGGUUAUAGCAUGUUUUUGGAAAAAGGCCAACUCGAUGACAGGGAGUUUGUCAAAGGCGGUGAUCUCAUCCUUCUCAUCAGCAUGCAAGACGUCUCAGCGCUGCAGCAGAAUAAUUCUCUGCCCUGCCCCAAAGUGCCAGCGAAGACCUUCAGUGUCUCUCCUUAUCAGGGAGCUCAAGAAGGAUCCUGCACAACACAGAUCACACCCCCAACCAUGACCACGACCACAACCAAGACAACCACAACCACACCCAGAACCACAACCUUCACCAAGACCACCACAGACGAAGACAAGGAAUGCUUGGACAUCUUUUGUUCCGGGGCUAAUAUUGUGCAUCCCUCAGUCGCCCUCCUGCUGGCUUUCAUGCUCUUGGUAGUAAACUAGCAGUCAGGAAAUAUUCAUCAGAA